AGCCCAUCGCUCCGGAGGCUGGAGGCCAUCGCUAUUAGGUUGGAGGCCAUCGCUACUAGAAACAAAUAAACAGAUACAUUCCUUCCAUUCCUUGUAGCCUCCCACCCCUUCAUGGGCAGCCGUGCAGUUUUGGCCAGGCUCAGCCUUUUGCUGUGCCUUCUUAUCGCCACUUUUGAUACGUGCUGGUUAUGCGGCGAAGUUCGUCGCCGAGGGCUGUUGCCGCUGCUUGUGGCAGCCUGGCCUUCUGCAGCAAAUGGCGUGGACAAGGCGGUGCUCGACAGCUUCAUCUAUGAAACAUUGCUGCCGGGCACCUCCGGCACAGAGCCCCGGGAUGGUCCAGUGAAGAAAUAUGCCAAGAUAUGGCUGAAGUUCACUGGACACGUUGGCAAUUUCGAUGGUCCGGUGUUUGACUCCUCCACCCUCCGCCGCAAUGGUCAGAAGGACUACGUGGAAAUCACCGCAGAUCUAGAUGACAGCUUUGCUCCCGCCAUGUGGGAGGCCGUGCAUCGCAUGAAAGUCGGGGAACAGGGGCGCUUCGUGCAACCACCGAGCAUGAGCUUCGGUGAAGGGACAAUGCCUUUGGAAGGAGCUGAAAAUUCCGACGUCAAGCAAAUACCUCCAGGAUCGACUCUCUAUUACGAGGUGGAGCUGGUGAGAAUCAUUCGGCCGUGACAAAAGGCGGUGAACGAG